CGCGAAAAAUUAUCGUGAAUGUAAAGUGUGUGCGUUGUAACAUAAAUUGAACAUAUUAAUUUAUGCCGAAUCGAUAUUAUGCACUAAUAUUCGUAAUUUCGGGAUCGACCACCCGACCAGUCAACGGUAUUUACCCGCUCGAGAUCGUCUUUGCAUAUUUCACCAAUAUUUCGCCUGCCAAGGAUGCAUAAUUAGUGCUUAAUCAUCGUCAGGAUUAUGGAAGGUGGCGGUGCAGGAGAAGGAGAAAUGGGUGGACCUCGAAACACUCAGCAAGCAGGAGCGAGCAAAAAGUUGCAACAAACGCAAGCGACCGUGGACGAGGUUGUAGGUAUAAUGAAGGUUAACGUGGAGAAGGUGCUGGAGAGAGAUCAGAAGCUUUCGGAGCUUGAGAAUCGCGCUGAUGCCCUGCAGCAAGGCGCAACACAAUUCGAACAACACGCUGGAAAGUUGAAACGAAAAUAUUGGUGGAAAAAUCUCAAAAUGAUUAUUAUCAUUGGUAUCAUCUGCGUCGUCAUCUUAAUCAUCAUCAUUGCUUCGGUUGUACCAAGUUCGUCUUCGGAUAGCAAUGAUAAUGCUCCAAAAUGAUAGCGUUGUACCAAAGGGUGGAUACUUUGUUGUUCCAAUCAACCAUCCUCUCUCUUAGAAUAAGUUGCACUCGGUGAAUUACAUACAGGGGGAUCGUAAAACGCUAGAUGAAACGUGAUUGUGAAUUAUAUAUUUAUACGAUGUUUGUAAUAUUGUUGUCAUACGCAUAACCUGGAUGAAAGAGCAUAUUUUUGAGAUACAAUAUUAUAUCGAGAUACACGCACAAUUAUUAGACUAACAACCAGUAUUAAUAUAUAAGAGUGGCCUUCGCUUUUUUAAAAAAAGAAAAAGAACUCCGGUGUUUUUACGAUAUUAAUCUUGUUACAAUGAUGCUUAUAAAUUUAUUGAUAUAUAAUAUAUAUAAUGUUUGUACUCUUAA